GGCCUGUCCAUGGACUUAUUGUUCUCGUACAAUGGACGCAGCGGACAAUAGGCAUAUUUGCGUGUCAAAGGGGCACUUAAAAAUUGUCUUUCACAUUCACUCUCGUCGGUGCUGGGACACCCUCACGCUACUAGUACUCACUUGGAAGAACUUGACAUCGUCUGCCACAUUUCUUCUUCAUUCACGUCCCAGAUCACCGUGAACUUCUUGUUUUUACGCUCUUUCUACUUCAAUCACUACAACCCCCUGAACUCAAUCUAGUUCUAUCAUGGUGCCUCUCCCUCCCCGCGCUUGUAAAUUUCUUCAUUGGUCUCAAUGUCAUCAGGAUACUCAGUAUUAUCUCAAUGCUCUUGGUGUUUGCCAGCAGUAUCUUCGUCCUCGUUAUGGAUAUCAAAGCAGUCAGUCACUUCAUGAAGAAUUCGGAGAAUGUUGACAUGACAAACUGCGAUUACAUUGAGAACAGCACAGUUCCCAAUCAACCCGCUGGCGUCUUCUGGGCGGUGGUCAAUCGCAUGUUCAUCCUCUUCGAGAUUAUCGCCCUUAUCCUCUCCGAGUGUGGUUGGCCAAUCGCCUUCUUCAACCAUUACUUCCCGGUUCUCGGAAGUGAAUUUGGUCUCGGACCUCUUGGUGUCUUCCAAUGUCUCAUUGGUGCCACUAUCCUUUCACAUCACGUGGACGACUUCACCCUCGUCGCGGCAUUCUUCCUCUUCUCCAUCGGGUGUCUCAACAUUGUCCUUGGGCUAAUCUUCCGCGAGAGGGCAAAGGAUAAACGAUCCGUCACGACUUGGAAGUCUGAGUCGAAGGGUGUUCUUCCUAGCACACGCGAUAUGCGACCCAAGUUCGCUCGUCCCUCUUCUGGCUUCGUAUCUGCCCUGUUCACGGGAAGCAGUGAGAAGACUAAGGUUGAGGAUCACCGUGCUGGAUUUGGCUUCGGUAGACAGGGCGAGAAGGCUGCAGGACUGAAAGGUUUCCUCAUUUCUAAGCCACUCGAGACUCUUCCUCGUUACGCUACUCAGCCCCGCAGAAACUCCGUUGGUAGCGAGGCUACUCGUGCAGGCACGCCAGAGCCUCGUUUCAAAUCGAGCAACACUGCGUUAUAAACGUUAUCCCUCAUGAGCUAUCUCGUUCCUCUCUCGACGACGACUAUUCCACGACGAUGCUGGACACUUCACGCUCUUUCAUACUACGUACUCUGCCCCUCUUUUCUCCAGUGUUUCUCAUCACAUCGCUGUAUCUUUAUUCCAACCUCUGCAUUGUUCAUCUGUAUCGUCAUAGAGCAGUUCCACUAAUUGGUUUAUGGGACAGUGUAUCAUACUUUCACUAUUGCCUGUAAACGGCCAUCGAGAUUAAUAUAAAGCAUUGUCAAUCCAAGAAGCUGUGUGCUAAUAAUCUUGAUACUGAGGU